AUCGUGAGUGUGUUAGAUAAGCAGCUGCUGUGUAAGUCACGUUCACGUCCCUCCAUUCACUAUCACCGUGACGCAGAGAACCCGGAAGACGUGUGUUUGCUGUCAAUGCCAACGACAGAAAGAAGGCACUGAGAGCUAAAAAGCCCGCAUUUAAGACAAGAUGGCAGGACUGCCCCGCAGGAUCAUUAAGGAAACUCAGCGCUUGCUUGCAGAGCCUGUCCCAGGCAUCAAGGCAGAGCCAGAUGAAGCCAAUGCCCGCUACUUUCACGUGGUCAUCGCUGGACCUCAGGACUCACCUUUCGAAGGAGGCACAUUUAGACUUGAACUCUUUUUACCAGAGGAAUAUCCCAUGGCAGCUCCUAAAGUACGUUUUAUGACCAAAAUUUAUCAUCCAAACGUUGACAAGUUGGGAAGAAUAUGUCUUGACAUUUUGAAAGAUAAAUGGUCACCAGCUCUGCAGAUUCGUACAGUGCUGCUCUCAAUCCAGGCUUUACUAAGUGCACCCAACCCUGAUGAUCCCCUAGCAAAUGAUGUUGCAGAGAAGUGGAAGAGCAGUGAAGCUGAAGCCAUAGAAACCGCCAAGACAUGGACCAGGCUUUAUGCUGGAAACAAAAAUGAAGUGUAAAGCAGCCUCUUGGAGACAGAAGUGGAAGCAAAUUGUAUGAACACAACUCAUGUGCUGCCAAGACCACCUCCUGCUUUAUUUGCAUUUAAAGGACACCAUCUUUUAGUGUAUAUACAUGUCAGAUUUUCUUAUAUAUGUAUACACACUAAAAGUACACACACAAAAUAUAUAUAUACUGCUGACAUUUGGUGAUUUAAAUGCACACUAGAAAUUACGAGCUGUCUUUGUCCUGACUCACUACUAUUCAAAUGCAUGGGCAGAGGUUUUAGAUCUACUCAUCUAGCUUUCUUUGUCCACUGAGGGGAAAAGGUGUCUUGCAUCACACGUUUUUGUUUUUUUUUCAGGGGGGAGGGGGCACAAUUUUGGAGCAGGGGAAUAAGCUGAGUUAGAGACUGGCUUAGAUGUGGAUAACAUGAUAUGCUUUUUAUGUUUCUUUUAACUUUGUUUUAUCGUGUUGCUGUUCAUUAAAAGCAGCUAACUCUACUAGCCCACUGUUUUUGUAGGCGCUCGCCUGGAGAAGGUUUAGUCCUGUGUAGGUUUGCCCAGUAGGACGCAUAAACAAUCAUCGCUGUGCUGCUUCUUCGAGUCAAUCUGGAUUUGUUAAAUAUAAACUGAGAUGACUGAGAACCAAACUGAGCCUGCCACUGUCACAUUAACUUUUCCAGCCACUCUCAGUGUGGACUUGGAUGUACAGUACUUUUGUGGAUGGCAUGAGAGUGUGUGUGGUGGGUUCAGUGGACAUUGUGGACCUUUCUUUAGUUUUAGCACAUACAGUAUGUGUUUUGUCUUUUACAUGUGAAUCUUUUCUUGCUGUUAGCAUACUAACUGCUCAUGCUUUUCGGCCCCUUACGUCAUCAGUUUAAUUCUGCAAAACUCUGUGGUUUACCUGCUCUCACUGGCAUUUAUUUCAAAAAGCAGUGCGGUUACAUUUGAACAGUCAGUUGAUGAAAGCGGGAACUGGGGUGUUGUGAUUGGUGUGUGUGAGAAGAGAUGCUGCAUUGUGGAGGAGAUCACACCAAAAGUGCAAUGAAGGCUUUGACUCUUGACUGUUGUGACUGGGCUUUGGCUGUAAAGUCUGUAUUCAUUUCACUUUGUGUAAAUUCAUUCUUUGUUAAUCUGAAGGUGAAAUGUUUUCCUGCUCUCAGAAUGAUAUGAAACAGUCCAACUACAAACUUUUAUGUUCUGUAAAUAAAUUCUGUUGAUUAAUAAAUACCUGACUGUGAUUCUUAA